CGGCUCGGCUCGGCUCGGCUCGGCUCCUCUCGGCUCCCGCCGGCUCCGGCCGCGCGGCCGCAAUAUGACUUGGGAGGACUUGGCCACUGGACAGCAGCGGGCUGAAAGGAUGGACAAGGUGGGGGAUGCCCUGGAGGAGGUGCUCAGCAAAGCCCUGAGUCAGAGAACUAUCACCGUCGGGGUCUAUGAGGCUGCCAAGCUGCUCAAUGUGGACCCCGAUAACGUGGUGCUGUGCCUACUGGCUGCGGACGAGGACGACGACCGGGAUGUGGCUCUGCAGAUCCACUUCACCCUGAUCCAGGCUUUCUGCUGCGAGAACGACAUCGACAUCCUGCGGGUCAGCAACCCGGGCCGUCUGGCCGAGCUGCUUCUCCUGGGGACGGCGAGCAGCGGGGACGCCGAACAGCCCCCUGACCUGCACUGCGUGUUGGUCACGAAUCCACACUCAUCUCAGUGGAAGGAUCCAGCCCUUAGUCAGCUGGUUUGUUUUUGCCGGGAAAGUCGCUACAUGGAUCAGUGGGUUCCAGUUAUUAAUCUCCCUGAACGGUGAUGACAUCCAAAUGAAAAUAACUUGAACCAAGUUGCACUGAAGUUUUGAAAUACUUUUGUAGUUACUCAAGCAGUUGCUCCCCACACUGUAAGGACUACAGAAACUGUCUGAGGUUAAGCUACGUGUGGGGGACUGAGAAGAGAUGCCUUCGCAGUUGGAAAGAGAUGAGAAUGAAGAAGGAAGUUGUUUUGAAACAGGAAUAAAAGUCAAAAGGAACAAAAAAAAAAAAGAAAAAAAUGCAUUCAGGAAGAAAAGCAAAACAAAAAAAGUAUUAAAAUUUAGAAUGGUGGUUACCUUCUGAGAAGCCAAAAAUCCUUUGAAGUUUAAUUGUGCAUCUGUAGUUGGGUUUGUUUUGGUUUGCCCAAAACUAAAAAUGCAAAAGGAUUAAAUAUUUUCCAAGCAUUGUGUUGUUUUUUGAGGGGAUGUUAAUUCUCAAAGUUUUAUUACAAAAUGUACUAAGUUAUUUUAUGACAUUAAAGGUUAUUUAUGCUAUAUACAUUUUUGAAACAGUAUCUGCAAUAAACUGGUAUAGCGUAA